UCCGCGAAAAUAAGAAAGGAAAAAUAUCCCUGCUAUAAAUCACGGUGGAGAGGGCGACGGGAAUAACGACAAAAAAAAAUUCCGUCGAUUGACGCCCAGCGUUCUGUUUGUCCAGUCCCCUGCUAGAGGAAAGCAAGAUAUGCUCACAAGUAUGGACUAGAACUCUUCAGAAAACUCACCCAUGCUAUUCAUGGCAACAAUGAACGGCACAUUCUCUGAAAAUACCUGUUUCUGAGGGAUUUCGCUUGGAUUUGGCCAGAUUUUUACCUGGCCGGGUUCAAUCUGUGGAAAUCUCAUUUGAUUGUGGGUUUUUCAUCUUUUCUUUUGAAGGUUGUUUCUGCUGUCAAAAAUUGCAAUUUUUGAAAUCUAGUUUCUGCAGAUAUGUAUAAGAUUGUGGAAAUGUAAUGCAAAUUUGUAAAUUUUAAAAGGAUCGGUCAAGGAUCUAUGCAGAGGUUGGAAGAUUUUUCAUAAUCUUUUAUGCAGAUGGUUAAAUUUGCUGUUUGAUGCAUUUUGUAAAAAAUAAUGCAUAUUUGGAGGGCGAAACUGUGACGUUUGAUUCUUCGGAAUCAAGACAGCGAUGAUGAACUGUAUUCGAUAGGGGAGACGAUGACAGUGGCAGACUUUGCUCUUUUGCAAUUUGAGCGGAUUGUAUUGUAAAAAUGGCCCUUAGCUUUGACUGCUUGUCGAGCCUUUUGUGCGCGGAAGAUGGAGGAUGGGAUGACGAGGUCGCGAGUUCGAGCUUUCCCGAGGACAAGGUCGAGACUUUAAAGUGCAUCGAGCUCGCUGGAUUGCCAGACUUUCCUGUCGAGGAUGAUGAAAUGGUGUCUUUCUUAGUGCAGAAAGAGAAAGAGCAUCUUCCCCGGGAAGACUACGUGGAGCGUUACAGAAACCGCGCUUUAGAUGUCACGGCUCGUCGAGAAGCGAUCAGCUGGAUGCACAAGGUUCAAGAGCAUCAUAAUUUCAGACCGCUUACAUUAUACUUAUCUGUAAAUUACCUGGAUCGAUUCCUGUCAAUCUAUCAAUUGCCGCAAGGUUUAGGCUGGCCGUUACAGUUAUUAUCGGUUGCGUGCCUCUCACUGGCAGCUAAAAUGGAGGAGACAGAGGUUCCGUCACUCACUGAUUUGCAGGUCGGAGACGCAAAAUUUGUUUUCGAAGCGCGGACAAUAUACAGAAUGGAAGUCCUAAUCCUGACAACAUUAAAAUGGAGAUUAUGCUCCAUUACACCAUUUAACUUCAUUGAUUACCUCUUGUACAGACUGAAAGGCACCAGCGCAGUGCCUCAUGACUUGAUAUCUCGAACAAUCGCCUUCAUAAUCAAUACUAAUAGAGCGAUUGAUUUCUUGGUUCAUCAGCCAUCAUCGAUUGCUGCGGCAGCUGUUAUGUGUGCCUGUGAGGAAGUUUUACCGACAGAAUCGGCAGAUUACAAAGAAGCCAUACUAUCUUCCAAAGCAAUCAACCAAGAGAAGAUCAUUAACUGCUACAAUUUAAUGCAGCAGCUUGUGAUGGAUUUUUGCUCUACACCAAAUAAGAUUUCAAGUGGCACGCCUCACAGUCCAAUCGGAGUACUGGACGCUGCGGCCUGUAUCAGCAGUGAGAGCACUCAAAACACUAGUUCUUCUAAAAAGAGAAAAAUCAGCCAAGGAAGAUUGGGCAGGGCAGCAGAUCAACGGUGGUAAAAAUGAAAACCCUCAAAAAAAUAUUAUUAAGAUUAAUAUUUAUUAUGAUUGUUGUUACAAGGGAUUUCUAAUCCGGAUCGGCAUAGCUCGGGAGUGAGAUUGUGAUGUAAGUGAAUGCGUUGAUUUGAGUCAGUCAGUUGUCCGUCCGUCAUUGAUUUGUUAACGGCGAGAGUGUUUUGGCGUGUUUGAGAGAUUAUUAUAGGGGAGAUUGAUUAUACAUAUAUAUAGAUAUAGGUAUAUUUUUGUGCAGAUAUAUACACAGGAAAGCAGGAGGGUUUUGGAUUUGGUGUACUGUGAAGAUAGAACUCCCACCAGGUUUCUUCUGUAUUUCAGAGAUUGAGAUUGAGUUAUUCUAUUGCAAUUUGUUGACUACCCCAUCGUUUAUUUUCUCUGUAAACCCCAGUUGCUAAUUAUAAAAACAAAAAAAUUCGUUGAUUAUAUAAUUCUGAUUCUACAUUUUUCAUGUCA